AUAUCACAGAAUAUAAUCUGUCAUCUGUGGUAAAACGUUUAAAUAGGUACUAUCAAUUCAGCACGAACUAAGAUAUAUUUUAGUUCGUGCAAUGCAGUAAGUUAAAUAGUAUUAUGGUAUUCGUGUUGCUUACUCGGUAAUCCAAAUAUAUUUAGUAGUUAACGCUGUUAAUUUGUAAAACUCAAAACCGUCAUUGUUGCAAACUUGAAUAAUUAUUAAUACCCACGCUGAUUGCCCGAUUACGAAGAAACAUUGUAAACGACAACAAUCUUUAAGUUCUAAAUCCAGCCGGUGCCUGCUGGCCGUCGGUACCUAUUCUAAUAAUAAAUAUUAAAUAAUAAUAAUUUAUAUAUAUAGCUUCGAGAUUACAGGUUAUAGGUACAGUGUAAUAUAAUUAUACGUAGAAAUAUCGCUAGUAAAAUUGCCCGAUCGGUUCAGUUGGUUCGUGUGUGGCGGACGAUGAAUACGACAGUUCGAGGACGCGGUAAUGGUUACAAGUCGAUCGCAAUGAUCGCUGUGAUUGCUGGUGUUUACGUUUCGAUUGUGUCUGUCUUGCGUUUCGGCCGUUUCCUUGCCGGUUUCAACACUACACCUCCGACCGAUAAUGAUUUAUUACCAUCCGUCUCUCGUAUUCAUUUUAGGAUAAUUGUGAACUGGACACUUGCAUCUUGUUAUUUAUAUUUACCUUGGAUAAUCGGGGUUAUCAUUGAAAGAAUUGGUGACUUAUGUGGAUUGCCCGAUUGUUAUUUCAAAUUUACUAAAAUUGUCUUGCUUUCAUCUAUCUUAAACGGAGUUAUUGACUUUUGGCAGGAAGUUCCUGAGAUAUGUUUGUGGAAUCUGAACAUAAAUUAUGCUGAAAAUAUACACUUUUAUUUGCAUUGUUCCAUGUGGAUUAUAUCAUUUAUGAUUAUGUUAGCAAUUGAUAUUACGGAUAUAACAGGACUCAAACCGAUUUUUUAUUAUCAUUUAAUGAAUGAAAAUAUUUGCUCAUUGAAAUCUCAGCAAUUUAAUCGAUUUUUGUCAAAUAUGGGAUUCCCAGGAUCCUCGUGUCUCUUAAUUAUUUUAUGGUCUCAAAAAUUAAUGAGUUUUGAUAGAUUGUUAUUGGCUGUAAUUUGGACUUUAGGAAUAUUAUCAUGUAAUCAGACAGACGAUAAAGAUAUUAAAUACGUUGCCAGACAAAUCGAGAAAAAAAAGGCGUGGAUGUAUUAUUCAGAGAGAAUAUCAGUUUCGCCGUUGAAAUAAACCGUAUCGUUAAUUAGUUAAUAUUUACAAUCCUAUACAUCUCUAUUAUAUAUUUAGAUGUUACGCGUAUAUUAUUGUUUUUUGUAUAUUGAUUGUUAUUCGCAAAAUAGAUUAUAAUUUGUAGAUUUGUGGAAAAACAGACGCUAAUUAUCCCUUUUUAAAAUGUUCUAUGUUAUGUAGCUGAAUUAAAUGUUAGUAGGAAAUACGGUAAUUUAAUUUAUUUAAAAACAGUAUAAUAAUUAUACAGUUCAAUCAGUGCAACUAAAAAUUCGUUUUCCUCAGAA